ACGGCAUCAUUGGGACUACCUGUCAGAGCACACACUCUCUCUCUCUCUCAAGGAGGUCCUCCCCGCAGACUUGAGGACGUGACCAUGCCGCUCCAGGAGCAGCUGACCUCGGCCGCGGCCCGGGGAGAGGCGGCCGGUGUGGAGGAGCUCCUGCGGGCGGGAGCCCAGGUCAACGGCGUCAACCGCUUCGGACGGACCGCUCUACAGGUGAUGAUGAUGGGCAGCUCUCCGGUGGCUCGGCUGCUGUUGGCGCACGGAGCGGAUCCCAACGUGGCGGACGGACGCACCGGAGCCUCCCCGCUGCACGACGCGGCCCGGGCCGGCUUCCUGGACACGGUGCGGCUGCUGGUGGAGGCCGGGGCGGACCCGGAGGCCCGGGACGGUGCCAGGUCCCUGCCCGUGGACCUGGCCAAACGGAACGGCCACGCAGAGGUUGCGGCUUUCCUGGAGGCGCUCUGAGACGCGUCCUGCUCCUGCUGAACUUUUAUUUAUUCCAGCUGGAUCUGACAGCGAAAGCCUGAGGAGGCCCGCUGCCUCUGCCCGCUGCUGUUAGGCCGUGUAUGCAUAUGUAAAAGAAUAUAUAUAUAGCCUAUAUAUCAUAUAAUAUUUAUUGCUAUUUGCUAUGGUUCUCAUUAUUUUAUUUAUGGAAUCAGGCUGAGGCCCGGGCAGGUUUCCAUCCCCACAGUCCAUUAGAGGCCGGUUUAAGUUCUAUCAUUAAAGAGCUGUAUCGUUGUUUUGUUUUGGUAAUAUUUGUACAGGAAUUUUUUAUAAAUAUAAGAUUAUUUCGUUGAAAUAAGGUCCAAAUGUGCAUGUUGGAACUUCUGAUCGUGUUUAACACUGAACCAAAAAUAGCUCGGAAGCCAUGGCAAAUGUUUUGCACAUUUUAAAUGUUUUUUUUUUAUCUAAGGAAGGAGCUAUUGUCGAUUCCUACAAUAAUCUCCUUUCGUAAUAAAUUAUAUUCAAAUUUCGGAUGUUAUGCACUUUAAUAAAAAGCCAUUUGUCAAUGCGUUGUGUGAGAUGUUUUAGACAUCAGGGAAUAAGCGGUUACGAUAAUGGUUGGAUGGAUUAUAAAAGCGAUGUUCGAAUUAUUGUCCGAAUUCAACGAAAUAAAACAAGAAGGAUUUAAGUUUCAACCGAAUCCCUUCUGGGACUCUUAAAUAACUUUUAAAGGAUCGACUCUGUCUAAUGAAAGAAAUGCAUGUGACCUUAAAAAAAGAGGAUGAUAUUUUUAACUGGUCUAAUUACGGUGGGUUCAGGGGUCUAAACGCAGUUCCUAAAAUUACAACUUGCCCAAUUAAUGGUUUUCAGUGAUACAAUCGAGGCCAUAUUAAAGUACGGUGAAUGAAGUUAAAUUAAAUAU